ACCGGGAAGGUAAUGAGCUAUAAUCACUGAUUACGAGGGCGAGACGGAGCAUCGACAGAAUCUCGGUUCUCGGGACCCCUACAUUGUCAGUCUGGUCGUUGCUGUCGAUUCGUUAGGUUCGCUCUGUUGCUCAAUCUGCUAUGCCUAUAAGCUCUAAAUUUAAUUAGUGGUGAAGUAUUGUGCUACAUCGAAGGAAAUAUGUUACAUUUGUAGGACUGUGUGUCGAAUAUUUAAACCUGCGCGUGACCUACAUUCUCUUUUUGUUCCGCGCGCUCAAACCACAGUCCGUUGCGAAGGGCAACCACCGAAAAACUACGUCACAGCGCACACUAUGACGAAGUGCUGGACUUUCGACCCCGUGUCUUCCUGACCAUCGAUCAGAUCAGAUGGUUACGAUGCGGCGCUAUAGCAUUCGGACCGGCAUGACAUAAUUCGUCGCACUGUGAGCUCACCAAUACAGUCAAAAUGGUGAGAAAUUUCAGAUUAGCGUAGAUUUGUUUUCCUUCCCUUCGAAACCCUUCGCGUAAAAUCAUGCGUGUGUGAACGCGAAGGGCCUAACGCGAAGAGUGUGUGCACUGUUGAAUGCGUAUGUGUUUGUGUUGGUUUUGUUACACCCGAACGAUAGCGAAAGGUGGUUGUGUGUUGUGUGUUUUUUUGCGUUUCCAGCUUUUCUGUGUUCCUUCGUCCGUUAGAAGCACACGUCGAUCCCAAAACGAAGGGAGCGAAACGAUGCACAUAGCAAGCGUUUUGAUGUUUUUAUGUUGCCCAUCGUACGUUGUGGAGUAUUAAGGUGAACUUGCUGUUCAGCCAACAUCAGUGAUCUGCAAGACGUGGUAAGAAGAAAAAAGCAAACCAAACAAACGGACGCAAAAGAAGUACGCGCAGCGUGUGUGAAGUGAACGGGAAAAUUACGGCGUGAUAAGAACCAGAAUCUUCAGUCCUAAAAUGGGCUGUUUUCGGUGUCUUAAUUUCUGGUGAAAAUGUAACAGGUCUGGUGAUGGAGCAUUAAUUGUGAGCAUCCUUCGGAUGAUGGACUGUUUGCUGGCCGUGCUAUCGCAAUCGUUCUGCUGAAAUGCUAGAGGUUAAUCGAUUGGAAGUCAUCGGACACUUUGGGAAUUGAAGCGUGGUUGUGUUGCUGCGGCCGCGUGCUACGUUAAUCGGAGUCUCCUCGGUAGAAUCUGGAUGUUCGUCUAUGACGAAGCAUCGGAUGUUUCUCGCGGAUUGUUUGUUUUUUUUUGUUCGUCGACUAUCCGAUUCUACUCUCUGGUUCAGAGUGCAUUGCGCUCGAGAAGGAAUACGGGCAUAGGUAAAAAAGGAGCUAUGUGUGUUUAAUAUUACGAAGUAAACACAAACCACCAACGUCAUCAGCGUGUAGCUUCAUGGCAGUGAGAGAUAGUGAGGUGGACGGUCAGUUAGCACCAACCUGCCAACGUCUGUGACCUAGCAAAGUUCCAAGUGUUCGGGAGGGUGCAACUGGAUGCGCACACUUAAUGGGAAAACGCUCGGUCGACCAGUUACGUUCGUGUUGCCGCAAGAGUGAACAAUAAUUCUACCGCGUGGCUUAUCACCCUCGGUUCAAGUACUGUGAACGGUAGUACAAGCGUGUAGCUGCUUCGGGUUCUAUUCGCUUAACACGAUUGUGACACAACCGUGUACAAUCGACGUAAAACUAUCAUCUGCUGACCAUCUACUCAACCGAUGAUAUUCAGCCCCGACCGUGUAGUUGCCGGAGCAACACGUGCUAAAGCUCACCAGCUCACUUGGAUUACGUCGUGGGAUCGAUCCCGUUCGCGGUUAAGUGUAGGGAAGUGUAAUCUAUAAUUGCUGUAAAUAACAACCUCUAGUCAACCCGGUUGCUGUGUCAGUCAAUGUCUUACAAAGAGUGUAAAGUACGGCAGAGUUAACAAACAAACUGAUUUACCUAGUGAAUGUAGCCUGUUUUAGGCAACGUAAAAACGUCCAAAAGUGACUAGCGUGACGAAAGAUCGUACCGCUUUUCAUCACCAUCGGCACAAUCAAAAUGGCCAACCAGAAGCGUGAUUACGACGUGUUGGAGGUAGUGCCCAAAUGGGAAAUAACAAAAAUCUAUCUCCGAUGCCUGCUGGCCAACUUGACGAUUCUCCUCAAAUGGCUUUACGAGAGUGUAAAGUGCAAGAUCAACCCGACUGCGAUCAUGCGGCGUACGAUCGAACGAACAGACUUUCCCAACAAACCACCGAUCUUCAUGACAGACACCAACCUGGGUCGGCAUUCUUACGUUAAACUUGAGAACACAAAGCUACAUUUCAUCGAGGCAGGCAAUCGAAGUAAUCCCACCGUGCUGCUCCUUCAUGGCUUCCCGGACUGUUGGUUUGGUUGGCGCUAUCAGAUACCGGAGCUGACACAUUAUUUUCACGUUAUCGCACUGGACUUAAAGGGAUUCAAUGAUUCCGACAAACCGCACUGGCGCUUCGAGUACACACCGAAAAAAGUGUGUGAAGAUUUGCGGAAAUUUCUGAUAGCCAUCAGUGCGAAAAGUGUGUCCAUCAUAGGCCAUGAUUUGGGGGCAACCAUUGGCUGGCUGUUUGCGCAUACAAAUCCAGAAAUGGUUGACAAGUUCGUAAGCGUUUCGACGCCUCAUCCGAAUUUACUGUGGACUAAUCUUCCCAAAAGUUCCCCGUUUAAUCGAAACUGGCUAGAAUUCGUACAGUUACCGAUGCUGCCAGAAAUGGAGCUAAAGCAUACGGCCGAUAAAGUCCUUCGACGCUGCCACUCCCACGUAACAAAGGAAAAACUUUACUUAUCCGGCACGAAUGGCACAUUAACGAAUAAUCUAAUGGAAGCGUACCUGUACAGCUUCUGCCAAACGGAUGACUGGCGAGGACCGUUGAAUUACUUUCGCAACUUCCCGUUCUACCGUGUACGCGAUGGAGAGAUCAUUCAGUGUCCCUGCUUGAUCAUCACCGGUAACGACGAUCGGUUUUACAAGCUGGAAUCGGUCGUUAAGAGUUCGGAGUUUUGCGAGAAUUUCAUCAUAAAAAUUAUCGAACAGUGUGGGAGAGCACCGCACCAAGAGAUGGCAACAGAAUUUAACAGUACGGUGUUAAAAUUUUUAAUCGGUAAAAAGUACUCUCAGAAAGUUACGGACGUGCAACCCACACAAGUGCGAGGUCUUGUGGGACGAAUGUUUGGCGGCAUCGGAUCCGUUGCGAACAAUACGGUUAAGCUGGGAAACAAUCUGCGAGAAUCGUACGCUUUUACGAAUCCGCUGAACAGUGUACCAAAUUUUAUGAUUAAAGGAUAGUCGGAAUCUUUCAACCGCUAUCGUGGUUGCUUCUGUAACUUGCUGCUCCCAACGUUAAAUUAAACGUGUGCUUGUGUAUCAUAUUUACUUCUGGCAUUGUAAAAUAGUGUGCCGCUCAUGUUUGCAAAGUGUGUAAGCGCGUGUGUGUAUAUAUUUUAAGUAUCAUACAGUUUCCUUCGUAUCUGAGAAAUUAAUUAAGUGUGUUUGAAUAAGGUUAGAUUUGUCAGUAAAUUCUACAAAUGUAAAAAUAAAUUAAUAAAUUGUUUUCUACAAAAAAACAUUUCGUGUCGAUAGUGCUGAAGAGUGUACAAUUUUUAAAAAUAAUUUAAUCCUUGUAUUUUGCCUUAUCCUGGGCAUAAUCGGUUAAAAUCACGUGUUGCAAGAAGAAAAGGAGAUGAAAAAUUACAUGUAUUGUAAUACAAAAGUAAACAUCAUCAAUAACGACGUGUUUAAAUGUAUGUCAUCCACGCGUUCAGUUGAAAGCUUUUUAUUUGUUUAUACCGACUCCCGAUGACAAUUCGGUACAUUAGCAUUCCCUUUCAUUUUUCAUCACAGAAGAAAGCGGGAAACGAAGAAGACUUUUAAAAAUAAAACCACAUGGCCGAAAUCAACGUGCGUGAAUACCGUUGGUUU